CGCCGUCCAUUCCUCUCUCGCUGCGCUCUUCAUUCUUACCUGUUCCAGCACUACUGACUACAGCUCUCGAGUUGGUGCGCCACGUCCCCCCCGGCCGAAAAAACUCACCUCAACUGUUUCCAACGCUUUCCAGGAUCACUAAAAGACAUUUUCAUCAAUAACAACUCGCCGUGGGAACGCACCUUCUUUCUUUUUUUGCCGCUCGUGGACCCCCACCACUCCGCGUUAGACCCGCCACCAUGCACUUGUUGUCCGUCGGCUCCCUGGGCUCCCUCGUCUUUCUCUUCGCAACCGUUCUCCGCCAAGCAAGCAGCCUGGAGACGGUGGUGGGCAUGUACGGCCAAACGUUGGAGAUUCCGUGCAACAAAGGAGCCGUGAAAGCGGAAGAUGUUCUGAUGACAAAGUGGAAAUAUGAUAAAGGGGAUGGACACGGAGGAGACCUGCUGGUCAGAACGAAAACCGAAAGCGUCUCCGUUAUCGCCACGGAUGAAUACAAGGGCCGCAUCAACAUGGCCGCCAACUCCAGUCUGCUACUGUCUGCCGCCAAACUGAGUGACCAACGCACUUUUACCUGCAUGGUGGUGCUCAGCUUAGAUAUCUACGAGUACCCGGUCAACGUGGUUGUCUACAAGGCGCCCGCAGGAGUGGAGAUUUCUGACAAGGCACCAGAGCUGGAGAUCGGCAAACCUACCAAGCUGGCCACUUGUGUGGCAAAAGACGCCAACCCGGCAGCCAACGUCACAUGGGUGAAGAACAACAAACCUCUGGCGGAUGGCGGCAAAGGCGUUUCCAUCCGAGGCUCGGUGCAGGUUGACCCCGUGACCGGCCUGUCCACCACCUCGUCCACGCUGGAGUACUCGGCUACCAAAGAGGACGCCGACGCGCAGUUCUCGUGCAGCGCUCGGCACCAAGUUGGCAAAGAGAUGAUGUCAUCCGAGCUCACUUUCACCAUCACAUACUCCACGGAGAACAUCAUCCUUCAAGUGAUUGCCCCAGAACCUCUGCUGGAAGGCGACAACGUGACCCUCAAAUGCGUAGCGGAUGGCAACCCGGCGCCGACCAGCUUUAACUUCCACCUGAAGGGCGAUGUCAUCCCGGUGAAAAAUACAAAUACAUACACCCUCGCUCAUGUCUCCCGUGACACCACCGGUGAAUACCAAUGCUCCCUAAUUGACAACCCCGCCAUGAUGGCUUCCAAGGACGUCACAGUCAAUUACCUAGACAUCAAUUUAAGCCCCACCGGGAACGUCAUCAAGAAAGCCGGGGAGGCCUUGGAGCUGUCUUUUCAGAUCGACUCUUCGGGCGAAUCAAAAGUCUCCUGGACCAAGGACAAUGUCAAGCUGGACAAAGAGCCCAAGUUUAACAAGCUGAAGUACUCCGAUUCUGGCCGCUAUGAGGGUGAGGUGGAGAUGGGGGCACUCCGCAGGAGGGCUUCUUUUGACCUGGUUGUUGAAGGCGCUCCAGUGAUCAAACAGCUGUCCAAACAUCGUAGUGAAGAUGGUCAACAUAAAGUCUUGAUUUGUGAGGCCGAGGGCUCUCCAAAGCCAUCUGUUUCCUGGAGCAUCAAUGGCACCUCGCAUGAUGAAAGUCCCUUCGUCAACGGCAAGGUCACGCACAAAAUCACGGUGGUGCCCACCGUCAACCUGACCGUCUCCUGCACCGUGUCCAACGAAUUUGGCGAGGACACGCGGGACAUCAACGUGUCGUCUCUAUUUGAGGAGGUGAGAGUGGAUAAACGAGACCAAUCGGACGACGCCGAUCAAACCAAGUUGGUGGUCGGGGUGGUGGUUGGACUUCUCAUCGCCGCCAUGGUCAUUGGGCUGGCUUACGGGAUCUACCAGAAGAAAUCCAAACAAGGCAGCUGGAAGACCGGCGAGAAGGAGAACGGCUCCUCCGAGGAAGAGAGAAAGCUGGAGGAGAAGGUGGAGGAGAACAGCCAAAAAGCCGAAGUGUAGAGAAACGCCCGAGCCGCCUGCCAUCUGUCGGGAAUGUGAAAGUGAGAACAUGGAACUUUGCACGUUUCUCCUCCUCACCUCAUCUCUUGAGAAAAGAAGAAGAAAAAAAAAAUGUGUACAUUACAAUGAAGACAGCUUGGAUUUGAUUUCAGGGAGAAUUUGACUACAAAUCCAAUCCCACUCUGGAGGAAGAAAAAAAAAAAAGCAGACAAUUGGAUACUGUAUGUGAUCUACAUGCACUACUUGACACGCCCGCGCAUAUACACAGUUGUAGCUCUGUCUUCUGUUAGCAGUCAUGUUUGUUAGAAAGGAACUUUUUUGGUUAGUUGCUGCAAGUGAAAUCACUUCUAGACCAGUUUGGCCUUUGCUGUAAAUGAUGUGUGGAAAGCGCAUUGUGUUUUAUGUCAUCUGCUUUUUUUUUUCUUUUUUUUUCUCUUAGGAUGUAUAUACAUCUGUUUGUUCAUUCGUGGCGUAGAGAAAGGACAAAAGGGUUAUAACUGAUGUUGGUCUUGGCGAGGAUGCGCCAUUUAUCAUUUUUUUUUCCAAAUGUACUGCGCAGUGGCGGCGGCCGAGCAGGUAGAUUGAUCCCGGCGAGUGAUGUCCACGUCACUUUUCCUAUCUACCCGCUCGGGUCUUCAUUUUUGAGUUUGAGUUGUCACUGGGACGAUUCCGUUGUGAAGUACGACUUUUAUUUUGUCGUUGUUGCUGUUACUAUUUAUGUUGUGCAAGAAAAAGAGCUUUUUUUCCCAAGUUAUGAAUUGUUGAUGAAACCACGCUUGCAGACUUGAGACGUAUCUUAGUUAAUUUCUGAUUUGAAAGCAUCCAAUUGGAAGAAUGACCAAAGAAAGUGAACAUUGCCAUGCAAGUAUUGUAAAUAUCUGUUUUGUUUUUUGUACUUUUGUUUAAAAUAAAGUGUACAUUUGGAAAACAUG